UGGCUGUCUUCUACUACCGAGUACUAAGAAGCUCACUAAGUCACUAGCGACUUGCAGAGUCAGGAGACAAGUGGAGCCCAGGUACCAGAUAGCGUACCUUUUUUUCUGGAGUUGGUGGACUUCGGGACAACAAAUGAAAGCCGUCGCGAGUGCCCGGAGUGGAUAGGGGGGCAACUUGGGACCGGAUCUCAAUUGGAGAGCGGGUGAGGGCGACGGCAAGAGAGACAUGGACAGAGACAUGGGCCUCAAAGGAUGAUGUCCGUUGGGAUCCCAGGAAGGAGGAAGUCCGUGGUCCGUGGUCCUGAUGGUAUUUCGCUCGUUAUCUAUCCGUGUCCAUUGCGUAGUGGCUUCGGGACAUCCGUGUCGGUCAAGUCUCAGAAGGCAGCACGAGUCGAGAUCCGGAGUUUCACCAGGCACGAGGGACUCCUGAUCGACAUUGGCCUGGUCUUGCCACAAGGUCUCCAAUGACGACGCCCCAUGGCCCGGAGAGGCGAUAGCGUUGCAGUUAAGCUAGCGGGGAAUCCAUGGGAGCGGCGAACCUCCGAUUCCAAUGGUCCUCAGAAAUGGGAACGCGAAAAAGGGAUUGAAAGGAAGGUUCCCGACGAGGGGCAGAUCGGAGGAAAAACCAAGGAUAAGGGAAGGACAGAACGAAGGAACCGAAAACCCAAGAGAAAAAGGAUGCCGAUCUCAGACGCAACACUAACGACGCCGACCCCACCGCCGCCAAGACCGGCCAACCCUAACCGGUGGUGCUAAGCCGG